AUGUCGAAACACGCAUCAUACCUCAGCGAUGACGAAAUUAGAGAAUUUGUCGACUGUUUUGACAACAACGCGGUCGGUGGCCAAGCCCAUCGCUCCGAGCUGGAGCAGUGCCUCGAACAGACGCACAGCGAACUCGCCAUGCCAUCCAAAAAGACAUUCGCCGACGACCAAGACGCGCACGUGCGCCGACAAGCAUUCCGGGACUUGCUGGGCGAAACUGGGCCUCUCAUCCCUCUUGAAUACCUUGUCCAACGAAUACGAAGCUGGAAGGUCCCGUCUCUGAUGCAGGUCCGGAAGCAGGAAAAACGACAAGAUGGUGACUUGCAGCGCCGCGGCGUCUUGCGUCUGGCUUACGCUUACUGGGCCGUCCACGGCUACGAGAUUGUGUUCCUCGGCUUCGUCGUUGCGACCAUCGUGGCGUCUGCGGUUGCGGAAUCGGUCAGAUACGGUGCGCGUCGGUACACCUCUGCGCCUUUGGGCACGUUUGUCCAAGGCAGUGAUCCUAGCAACGGAGAAGCAGUCACUCGAGUCGUUGCGCAAAAGAUACCUGGCCACGACUAUAUGGAUUACAUCCGUUCCAGAGCCGGAUUCAAGGGCAUUGCUGCGCUCAGCCUCUUCUAUAUUGUCGCGAUAUUGAUAUCUAUCUUUGGCUAUCUACUGGCUCUACCGACAUUCCUGUUGUUGUUUGAGAGAAUAUCUCGGAUAAGCCUCGGCUUCUACCUCGCCGACGCAUCAGUAGAAGUUUUAACCAGCGACACUAUAGAGGUGACCGCUGAACUACCGGACUACCGUAUAUGGGAAUACACUGCCGGCCAGUACAUCUUGUUGUUGGUGCCGGACAUCAGUCUCUUACAGUGGCAUCCGUUUACUAUUGCGUUUUGCCGCGACAAGAUGAUUACACUUCAUAUAAAGACGGGCGGCGAUUGGACUGCCCAGCUGCGCCAUCUCGGCCCGAGCAUCAAAGUGGCAAUCAACGGGCCCUUUGGCGCGCCGGCGCAGCGUUUUGGUGAUUUCCGGUACUCUCUCAUCAUUGGCGCCGGGGUUGGCAUCACGCCGUUCUCGGCAAUUCUCGCCGAUCUGCAGCGCAAGGACGACUUGCAUAUUCGACGGCAGCACCGCCAACAGCUGGACUGCGGGGGCAAUUGCCAAUAUGCCCACGAGACAGUGCUGCCAUUACCUCACAAAAGCCCGUAUCAGGAUGCCCGACAUCGGCGGACCGAUUUUCAUUGGAAUGUCCGCGACCGCCACAACUUGUCGUGGCUGUCUGGCCUGCUCAACCGCGUCUCCAUGAGCCAGCGAAAGCAUCGCGACCUGCAACAAAAAUCACCGCUCGAUAUACGUAUCAACACUCAUAUCACAGCCAAUUAUACAUGCAUUGUUCCUUAUGUCUUUAGCUGGAUUCUCGAAAUAAGUCGCAGCGACCAACAUCCAGCCUCGUCGCUUACCGGUUUACUCAACGCAACAUACUUUGGACGCCCAGAUUUCAACAUGAUCCUUGACGAACACUACGAUGACAUGCGAAACAUGAUUGCGAGUAGAAAUAUGCUCGAUCCGGUACGCAUAUGCGAUGAGGAGAUGGGGCGAGGGCAUGACCGAGAGCGCGAUGUAGGCGUUUUUUACUGCGGCGCGUCAGAGGUCGGCGUCUUGCUGGCAGAUAAAUGCUGGCGGCUAACGAACCGGGGCCAAACUGAUGGUAACCGUAUUGAAUAUCAUUUUAUAGUAGAAACUUUUUAA